AUGGACAGUAUCGACGACUCACCGCUGUCGCUGGCCGUUGUUCGCCUCGCCGACUACGCUGACCAGCUCUUCCAAAACGGACAGGCCGGAUAUCUACCCGUUGUCGCGGGCUGUGCCUUGUACUACUCGAUCUUUGGAAGCCAGAGCGACGUCGCCAUUAUCGCCGCCGUCGCGUGUCUGACCUCGACCGAAACAUUCUGGCCGCUGCUCACCCGCCAUGUAUAUUUAAUCCUUGGUUCCGCCCUGCUGGCAGUGUGUGGUGUCGUCGUGCUGCGUCUCGCGACUAUCGCGGCUCCCCACCUCUUUUCUGCUGACAACUCAGCGGCACAGUGGACAGACUCUGCCGGCAGCGUCUUCAUCCCCAGCCGCACCACCCACACCCGCUUCUUCCCCCAGAAGCACGCAUUUGCUUACUCUUACCUGACCAUCGGGGCUCCCAUUGGCCUGCGCGCCGCCAACGUUAACGGCAUUCUCGCCGUCGACCCGCCGCCCGCUUCGGCCCGUAGGUGGUGGGCGCGGUUGCUGACGUCGCCGCCCUACGCGGUCCACGCUGCCGACUACCUGGCCCGAGGGGGACCGGGCCGGGUCGGCCUGCGCGGCAAGCUCGACGAGUUCCUCGCGAGCCAGGGGGUAGACCCCCGCGACUACCCGCACGCAUUCUUGGUCACGGCCCCCAGGUUCCUUGAAUACAGCUUCAACCCGGUGUCGUUUUGGUACCUCUACUCGCCUGACAAGGUCCUGUCCGCCAUGAUUCUUGAGGUGAACAACACGUUUGACGAGCGACGGCCAUACCUCGUCUUCCGCGACUUUGACCAGGAGGCGAAGCGCAUCCAGUCGCAGGACCCUCCCACAUCGGCGACCGACGAAGCACCUGCUGCCAGAAUCUCCGCAUCGUUCAAAAAGGACUUUCACGUGUCGCCGUUCAACUCCCGCAAGGGUGCGUACUCCGUGCUCGCCAAGGACCCCCUCGGCCCCGGCAUGGCUACCUUUCGCGGCCUGGACGUCACCAUCAACUUGACGUCCUCCAAGGGGCACCCCAAGCUCGUCGCGCGCCUUGUCAACCAGCACGACGCCAUCGACGUGGCCGGCAUGACCGGGCUGCGCAAAGUUCUCUUCUUGUGCCGCUGGUUCUGGAUCGGCUUCGCAACCUUCCCCCGUAUCGUCAAGGAGGCCGCCGUGCUCUUCUUCCGCCGCCGCCUGCACGUCUGGUACCGCCCCGAGCCGCUCCCGGCGAGCCUCGGCCGACACGCCACCGCCACGGAGCACCGUCUCGAGACCGUCUUCCGCAACUACCUGCGCCACCGCGUCGAGUCGUCACCCGAGGCUAUCCGCGUCCGCUACGUCCCCAGCGGCAUCUCGACCGCCACUACCGCCACCGAAGACUUGGUCUUCGCGUCAAAGACGGCAUCGACAGCGUCGUCGUCCGCCUGCGACGCCGAGAUCCGCGUGCUGACGCCCGUCUUCUACGCUCGCUUCGUCCACUACGCGCACGACCUCGAGGGUCUCUUCAACGAGCUGGCCGAGAGCUGCACCGUGGCCGUCGACCGGCCCGAUGUGCUACCGCGCAUCUUUCUCAAGGCGGGCCUGCCGCCGUCGCCGCUGCACUCGUCGGGCAUCGGCGAGUACGUCGCGUUCAAGCUGAUCCAGACCCUCCGCCGCACGCCUGAGCCGAUCCGUCGGCCCAAAACGUCAGCGGAGGCGGGCGCCCCCUCGUCGCGAAAGCCGGUGGACAUUCGCGGCUUUCGCAUCUCCCCCAUGGACGCAUACGUGCUCGAGCACGGCGGCGACGCGCUCAAGAGCGAGUAUCGGUCCGCAGUGACUCGCGAGUUCCUGGCGGACCGAUUCUUCCUGGGUAGCUUGGAGAUUAUGGCCGUUGCGGAAUUCUUGGUCCGCGCCGGGAUCGCGUAUGCCUUCGUCUCGGCUCUGUUCCCUGCGUAG